GGGUUUAUGCGAUUCUCCAUUCGCAUCAUUUCCAUAUCCCUCCGCCGCUGCACUGCUCCGCCGUCCAGCCGUCGCUUCUACUUUCAGAUGGCGGAUUCCGCUGCCAACAGCAAGGGUAAGUCGAAUUCGAACUCAAAUUCACCGGUGUACGCCAAAGACGAAGCGUAUCUUCAAUCUGUCAUCCCCAAACGAAUUGCCCUUUUCGAAUCUAUCCAGAAUCAGCAGAAGAUUAGUCGCCUUGCCCUCUCGCCGGAUCCAAUUCAGAUUACGUUGCCGAAUGGGAAAGUGAAGGAAGGCAAGAAAUGGAACACGACGCCACUAGAUGUCGCAAAGGAAAUAUCUAAGAGCUUGGCGUCAAACGCCUUGAUUUCCAAGGUGGAUGGGGUUCUGUGGGAUAUGAACAGGCCAUUAGAAGGCGACUGCAAGCUUGAGCUGUUUACCUUUGAUACUGAUGAAGGCCGUGAUACUUUUUGGCACUCCAGCGCGCACAUUCUUGGCGAGUCGUUGGAGCAGACAUAUGGAUGCCGACUGUGCAUUGGGCCUUGCACUACAAGGGGCGAGGGAUUUUAUUAUGAUGCAUUUUAUGGUGAUCUGGGCUUGAAUGAGGAUCAUUUCAAACAGAUUGAAGCGGCUGCCAAAAAAGCCGUUGACGAAAAGCAACCAUUUGAGCGCAUUGAAGUUACGAGGGAACAAGCUCUUGGCAUGUUCUCCGAUAAUCAGUUUAAGGUUGAAAUUAUUAAGGAUUUACCCGAGGAUAAAACUAUCACAGUCUACAGAUGUGGUCCUUUGGUUGAUCUAUGUCGUGGACCUCACAUACCAAAUACCUCUUUUGUGAAAGCAUUUAGCUGUUUGAAGGCAUCAUCUGCAUAUUGGCGAGGUAAUAAAGACCGUGAAAGCUUGCAAAGAGUCUAUGGGAUAUCUUAUCCCGAUCAAAAACGUUUGAAGGAAUACAAAGCCAUGCUAGAAGAAGCUAAGAAAUAUGACCAUAGGGAACUGACCAAAAAGCAAGAGCUCUUCUUUUUUCACCCCCUUAGCCCUGGAAGUUGUUUCUUUUUACCCCACGGUGCUCGAGUUUGCAACAAGUUACUGGAAUUUAUGCGAAAUCAGUACUGGAAAAGAGGCUAUGAAGAGGUGUGGACCCCAAAUAUGUACAAUAUGCAGCUGUGGGAGACAUCUGGUCAUGCGGCCAACUAUAAGGAGAAUAUGUUUGUGUUCGAGGUUGAGAAGCAGGAGUUUGGACUCAAGCCAAUGAACUGCCCUGGCCAUUGUUUAAUAUUUGAUCAUAGAGUUCGCUCCUAUAGGGAACUUCCACUUCGCCUGGCAGAUUUUGGAGUCCUGCAUCGAAAUGAAGCAAGUGGGGCACUUACUGGGUUGACUCGUGUGAGGAGAUUCCAGCAGGAUGAUGCUCAUAUUUUCUGUCGGGAGUCUCAAAUUAAAGAUGAAGUCAAGGCUGUUCUGGAAUUCAUCAGUUAUGUUUACAAAAUAUUUGGCUUCACCUUUGACCUAAAGUUGUCUACGAGACCGGAGAAAUUUCUCGGAGACCUGGAAACAUGGGAAAGGGCUGAAGCUUCCCUUGCUGAAGCACUAAAUGAGUUUGGAAAGCCUUGGGAGAUCAAUGAAGGUGAUGGAGCAUUCUAUGGGCCUAAGAUUGAUAUUAGUGUUUCUGAUGCAAUGAGAAGAAAAUUUCAGUGUGCAACAUUGCAGCUGGAUUUCCAACUACCAUCUCGAUUCAACUUAACAUACUCAGCAGAAGAUGAAACCAAAAGGGAAAGGCCUGUUAUGAUACAUAGAGCCAUUUUUGGAUCGGUUGAGCGAAUGUUUGCCAUUCUGUUGGAGCACUACAAGGGGAAAUGGCCUUUUUGGCUUAGCCCACGCCAGGCAAUAGUCUGUCCUGUCUCCGACAAAUCCCAGCCAUAUGCUCUGCAGGUACGGGAUCGCAUACAUGAUGCUGGAAUUUUUGUUGAUGUUGAUACGACUGACAGAACAAUUAACAAGAAGGUACGUGAAGCCCAGUUGGCUCAGUAUAACUAUAUAUUGGUUGUUGGAGAGAAAGAAGUCGGAACUGGACAGGUGGCGGUGCGAGUCAGGGACAGCAAUGAUGCUAACCUCAUGAGCGUCGAUGACUUGCUGAAUCGUUUCAAGAAUGAAAUAGCUUCCUUUCAGUAGGUAACCUGAACUUAAAUUGCAGCUCUGAUUUAUUGUUGCAAAAUUUGAAGAAUUUGCAAAACAAAUCAAUACGCGUAGAGACGAAACUCAUUUCAAUUGUGUGACUUGAGGUAUAUACUAAUUUAUCUCUUCAACUCGGUUGUGCUGCUUUGAAUGUGGAUCGUUUUUGUUCCCCUACGCCUGACUUUGCAUUUGUAGCAUGAACUGCUCAGGUUGUUGAUAUUUUUGAGUUCUAAUUUGAACAAAUCCUAAAGGCUUUGAAAUACGUUGUAAUGCUUGAAAUGGUCUCUUUCAUUGUUGAUUUGCAAGAUGUGUACAUUCCCUCA